AUGGCCACGUUUCCUUCCAUCGAGAAAUUGUCCACGGCCAAGUCCGAUGCCGAGUUGACCCACGAAGCCAGAGGUCUGAAUGCAGUCAUCCGCUUCCAGAGCAGCCAUGAAGCCGUCGACUUCGUCUUCGCCGGGUCUGGCGUGAGCGAGGUCCGACAGUCCCAGGGAGAAGCAGCCGUGACGCUCGCGGCAAGCGAUGACUUCUGGUCCACGGCAUUUCAGCUUCAGGAGAGCGGGAGACCGUGGCCCGGCUAUGAGAGUCUCACCAUGGGCCAGACCACGGGCCUGACGACGACCGGCGACUUCAUCGGGGUCAUUGCGCCUUACUCUUUGGCACUCCAGAGGUUGUUCUUCGUCUUUGUACAGGCUGUCCGGCCCCUGAACCGUCGGCCAUUUGUCGAAACAUUUCGCGACAGCGACAAUGCCGUCGGUCGGUACGUGUGGGUCAAGGCCAACGGCCAGGAGGCGCGCAUGUACUACGAGGAGGCUGGGACCGGGACGACUCCGCUCCUUUGUCAAGCGACCGCCGGUGCCGACAGUCGCCAGUAUCGCUACCUCCUCGCGGAUCCCGAAGUCCAGAAACGCUUCCGCAUCAUCGCCUACGACUUGCCGUACCACGGCAGAUCGUUGCCCCCUUCCGGUGACCGCUGGUGGGAGAAGAUUUACAGCCCAGACCUGGAGUACCUGAUGAACUGGGUGGUGGCGUUCUCAGACGCCCUGGAACUAGAGCAGCCAUUCUUCAUGGGCUGUUCCGUCGGCGGUCAGUUGGCGCUCGACCUCGCCGCGGAGCACAACGACCGCUUCGGCGCCUUCAUCUCACUCAACGGAUGGUACGACGUGCCCCCGGCCCUGGCCAGCUUCUCCAACGACCUCUUCCGCACGCCGUCCAUCUCGCCCCACCUCUUCUCGGCCAACAUGAUCGGCGCGUCGGGCCCGAUAGCCCCGGAGGCCAACGUCCACGAAGUGCAAUGGAUAUAUGCCAGCAACUACUCGGGCGUCUAUGCCGGCGACAACGACUAUUUUGCGCGCGGGCACGAUCUCAAGCGCAACGGACACAAGAUUCGCCAGGGCACGAAGCCGGUGUUCCUACUGUGUGGCGAGUACGACCACGCCGCUCACGACCAGGAGCACGGCGCGCCCGCGGUGGCGCGCCACAUUCCAAACGUCGAGUUCAUCGUGUUGGACGGUCUCAGCCAUUUCGCCAUGUCCGAUGAUCCCAUGGCGUUUCGCGAAGCACUGAUACCCGUUCUGGACCGCAUCGUGGAGCAGAAGGACAAGUUGUGA